AUGUUCCACACGCCAAAAAGGAUGGUGAAAACCCGGAAGAUGUAUGAAAGUAUGGUAAAGAAGGAUGAGGAGCAUCAGGAGUCCAGGUUAUCCGUACAAGAGGUUUCAGUACAACCAAUUAACGAUGAAAAAUGCGUUAAAGAGGAUAAUACACAACGAGAUAAAACAUUUUUGCUCAACAAAAAUAAAAAUGAAGGUAGUAUUGUAAAAACGGAAACGCCCUUAAUGGCCGUUCAAAAUAUUCCUUCAACGUCUCGACAAGUGUUCAGUGCGAAGUCUAAGAGGUCAUCGUCGUCCUCUGCGCUUGCACGUAAGAAGAAGCUAGAACUGGAGGCAGCAGAAGCGAGAGCAAAAAUCGAAUUGGACCUAAUUAAUAAUCGUUUAGCGGCGGACCUAGCGGAGAUUGACGACGAGUGUAGUGUGCAAUCAGACCACACUCACAAGGAUGUAGAAGAUUGGUUGGAGCGCAGCCAUCGAGAACUGGAAGCACAGCCUGUCCACGACAAGGGUCAAAAUACGGACGCGCCGUGCCCACCGAUCACACAGGAUAUCGGUACUGAUGGGACAGUUCAACUUCUGGCCAGCGCACUGAAGGAUCUUGCAGCCGCUUCUACCAACAACAUAAAUAGCAACUUGUUAAGUCGAAUAUGUACACCAAAAGAUUUACCAGUAUUUACUGGUGACCCCAUGGAAUGGCUUCAAUUUAAGCAGGCAUAUGAGGAAUCGUCUAAGGUGUGUAAUUUCAAAGAUAGUGAAAAUAUGUGGCGCCUACGAAAGUCUCUAAGAGGUCCAGCUCGCGAAGCUGUCUCGGCCCUGCUGAUAAGUGCUUCGUCACCCGAGAUGGUAAUGUCCACACUUGAGCUACAGUUUGGUAAUCCUGACCUUAUAAUGUCACGCAUCAUGGUAGAUAUAAAGAAAUUACACCCAGUGCCGCAAGAAUAUCACAAGGAUAUUGUACCAUUUUCUGUU